AGAGAGAGUAUCUGAUAUUCUGAUCAUGGCCACCACCACAUCUCCAGUUCUCCUCGGUCCUCGCCGCGGCGCCGGCAUGUCUCUCGCUCUCCAAGCCCUCCGCCGCAGCCGCCCCCUCGUCGGGUUCCUCCCCCACUCCUCCCCUCUCUCCACCUCAGCCUCACCUCCCGACGCCCACGAGCUCCUCCGCAUUGACCGCAUCCUAACCAACCCCGCCGCCGGCGGCGGCGGCAGCCUACCCUCGCAAUCCCAACAACACCCACGCGCCGCCACCGAUCUACACCAGCUCCUCCGCCGCGCCGCCGGCCUCACCGCAGCGGAGUCCGCCUCCCUCCUCCGCCGCCUCCCUGGCGCCCAGCCCCACCCCCGCCUGGGCCGCCUCCUCCAGGAGCUCGCGGGCCUCGGCCUCCCUAGGGGCGAAGUCAAGGCCGCCCUGGCGUCCGACCAGGAAGGUCUCCUCUCCAUGGACCCCGGCGAACCGUCCCGGCUCCUCGACCUCCUGCGCGACCUCCGGUGCCGGGAGGCGGUGAGGGACCGGAUCCUCGCUCACGGCGCUCUCCGCGCCGCCGUCGCCGCCCGGCGGCGGGUGGAGCUCCUCCACGCGCGCGGGCUGUCCCGCCACGACGCCCUGCGUGUGCUCGCCGCCGAGCCGCGGACGAUGCUGUACUCGCCGGAGGACGUGGAGAGGAAGCUGGAGUUCUUGGUGGAAACAAUGGGGUUUGAGGUCGGCUGGCUAGUGCAGUACCCGGAGUUCCUGGGCGUGAACCUGGACAGGUGGAUCAUCCCGCGGCACAAUGUGGUGGAGCACCUGAAAUCCGUCGGCGGGCUCGGAGACCCCGUUGAAAUGAAGCACUAUGUGAGGCUCACCCGCAGGAGGUUUUACAACAUGUUUGUGAAGCCGUACCCUGAGUGUGAGAGGAUAUUUGGGGGCCUGGUCAGGGAGAGGGACGAGAUGGCGAGGCGGCGACAUCCGACCGGCCUAUGGAAACUGUUUAAGCCAGCGAAGCAUGAGAGAACUCAGGAGGAUGUGCAGAACAUGAAGUCUCUCGUGGGAUCACUGAAAUGAGUAAUGUUAUGCCCAAGGGAACAUUGGUGGUCUCAAACAACAGCAAAUGCUGAACCAAUGAUGUAUUGUGAUCUUUCGCUUAUGCACGGAUACCCCAGACUAGUUCUGAUAACCAAGAAGGACCAUUUGAGAAUUUCAUGUUUGAGGUGACAUGCUAGGGCGCGAAGAGGUGUGGGUGGUGUUGUGAAACCAUAACUGUUCAUGAAGUGCUUGUGUGGUGACAGAAGUGGCAGUUAUUCUGAACGGACAUAGAUCAUGUUCAAUAUUCUCAAAAAUAUCUUGCUAAGGCAUUUCACCGCAGAUUGCAAGAUUAAAAUUUGAGCAAUUCUAGUAUUCUGAUCAGCAUUUCUUUCACUGGAGAGUAGCAGAUAACAAGUUCAGGAAAUCUGGCAGCUGAUGGAAUGGUUACCUCAAGAUUUCGAUGGGAUGGAUAGAGCAGCAGCAGAAGCUCAUUGCAUAUUUUCUUUUGAGAAAUUUAUGAUGAUCAGAAGAUUCUGCUCAGAAGAUGAGCGUGCUAAUUUAAUACAGAAAUGUUUUCUUGUGUGUACAUCGUGGCACUGGUUAGUUUAGAGACAUUUCGCUGCUUUCUAUUGUUUAGUGUUAUGUGAUUACCUUCUUACAUUCUUGUUCAACACUAGUGUAAUUCAUUAUUCAUGACUUCUUUAUUGGUGCAUCUUAAAAAAAAAUAUUGCAUUUA